AUGAAUUCCUCCGCAUCUUUAGCGUUAACUGAUGGACCAAAAAAUAAUUAUAAUAAAUCAUCAUCAGUUUCGCUUAAUCUGAAAAUUAGUUCUGAUUCAACUUCCCCACAAUUUCCAUUAUAUUUAAAAAUCAAUUGUAAUAGUGCUGCUGAUUUAGUACCUAGUGAUAAUCCAACUGGAGAGGUUAAAAAGAAGAAAUACUCUUCAAGUAAAUCAGUAAAUCCAAUAUUAGUUGCACAAUUAAACGACACUAUUAAAACAACUUCAAGAAAAUUAGAUACCAAUCAACCGAGUUGGAAUGAUGAGAUAUAUUUACCUUUGAAAUUGCAAGAUCAUUCUCCUUUGUUGGUUUUUUCGGUUUGGGAUAAACAUACCAGAUAUAAGAAUUAUUUAGGGGAAUUUAGAAUUGAUAUUCGAGAUAUUUUUAUUAAAGAUGAUGGGAAAUUUAUUUCUAAAACUGAUUAUAAAUGGUAUAAGUUAAUUUCAAGUACUCAAAUUCAUUCUUUUGUAACAGGAUCAAUUUUGGUUUCUUUUGAAUUAAUGCUUCGGAAUAAUUCUAAAAAGAGUAAGUUUCUGAGUACUAGCUCAAUUUUAAAUAAAUUGAACAAUUUAUCAUUAGAACAAGAUAAUUUAGAAUCGGCAUUUAGAAACUGGAUUGAUAGUUUAGUGACUGUUUCAGGAGUAUCUAUCAAAAAUGGCAUUAAACCAAAUGAUCAAGGAUUUUAUGAUGAUUCAAUGGUUAAUGGGUCUGAUUUAGAAUCUGUACUUACUGAUAGAUCAAGUAUUCAUAAUUACUUAACUAUUGGUGAUGCUAUUGCUCCCAACACUAGUAGGAAUUCAUUGGCUAUUCCUCAUGAUGAUGUUGGGUCAUUUUCUGAUGCGUCGUUUAUUUCAACAGAUGGUGGGUAUGCUAGCGAUACAGCCAAUGGGUUGUUUAACAAAGAAGCUAUGGUAUCAUCACCGAAAAAGAAAGGACUUCGUUCAAAACUAAGACAUAGAGUUAAAGAAGAUGCCGAUAAGUUUGAACUAGCAAGUCGACAAGUUUUAGGAGUGGUAUUUAUUGAAAUUGUAUCAUGUGAAGAUUUACCUCCAUACAAGAAUUUCACGAGAACUACAUUUGAUAUGGAUCCAUUUGUUGUUGUUAGUUUUGGUAAAAAAACAUUUAGAACCGGUUGGAAAAGACAUACUUUAAAUCCUGUUUUCAAAGAAAGAUUAGCCUUUGAGAUAUUACCUCAUGAAAGCAAUUUCAGUAUUCAAUUUUUAGUUCUUGAUAAGGAUCAUUUUUCGUUUCACGAUGAUGUUGCUCAUAUUUCAUUACCAUUAAGAGAUAUAACUGAGUAUGCCACUGUUAGACCGGUGGAAGAAAACAAUUUAGACAUUACUGAUGGUCCUGACCUUGUUAGAGAAAAAACACCUGUUAGUUUCACCACUCCAGAACACGAAGCUCCAAGUAACGCAUCGGUGACGAUUUUAUGCAAUGAAGAAGGUAAUGAUAGUAAUAUCCAUACGAGAUCAAGAAAGAAAUUUCUGAAGAAGAAAUUAGUUCGUGUUCAGACUGAUCCUACUCAAUCUCGUACUAUGUCGUUGAGUUUGAAUUUACAUGAUCAAAAAUUCAUUGGUAAAUAUAGUCCAAAGUUGAAAAUUCGUGUUAGAUUUGAAACUUAUUCUGAGUUGCGUAAGCAAUUUUGGAGAGUAUUACUUAAGGAGUAUCAGAAAAUCCUGGUUAACCCAGAUGAGACAUAUGAUUAUAUUGAAUUGAUUUCGUUAUUAGAUACUGUUGGAUGUACUAACAGUGAUGAAGUGGUUGAGAAAUUCUACACCAAUUUAAAUAAAUCUGCUUGGGGUGGAGAUUUAUUAACGUUUGAUGAAAUUAUCGAACAAUUGGAAUUGCAUUUAACCUCUGAGAGUAAAGGAGAUGAUAAUACCAAAAUAUUUGUAUUCGACUCAUGUCCUAUAUGUAACCAAAAACGAGUUUCCAAGAAACAGGAUUUGGAUAUAAUUACUCAUUUUGCAAUUUGUGCAAGUAAAGAUUGGAAUGGAGUUAGUAAGAUCUUGCUGUCAUCAUAUGUUACUCCUACUCAAGCCACUAAGAAAUGGUUUACUAAAGCAUUGAUUAAAUUAACCUAUGGUAAGUAUAAACUUGGAGGUAACUCAGCCAAUAUUUUGGUUCAAGAUAGAAUGACCGGGAUUAUAUUGGAAGAAAAGAUGAGUGUUUAUGUGAGAUUAGGGAUUAGAUUGUUGUAUAAAGGAUUAGAUAAGGCUAGAUCCAAAAGAGUUCGUAUUAUACUUAGAAACAUGUCCAUCAAACAGGGUAAGAAAUUUGAUUCACCACUGCUGAAAUCAGAUAUUGCUUCUUUUAUUAAAUUUCAUAAAUUAAAUCUUGAAGAAUGUUUAUUACAAGAUCCUGACCAAUACCCGACAUUCAAUGAAUUCUUUUAUAGGAAAUUGAAACCAGGGGCAAGAUUAAUUGAAGGAGAAACAAAUGAUAAGAUAAUAACUAGUCCAGCAGAUUGUCGAUGUGUUGUAUUUGAUAGUAUUGAUGAAGCUACCAAAUUAUGGAUUAAAGGUACUGGAUUCACGGUGCAGAAACUUAUUCAUGAUGAUCAACAAAUUCAUAUACCUUCAUAUUCGUUAGGUAUUUUCAGAUUGGCACCACAAGAUUACCAUAGAUUCCAUUCUCCAGUUGAUGGUGUUAUUGAAAGUAUUAAAAAUAUUGAAGGUGAAUAUUAUACUGUUAAUCCUAUGGCUAUUAGAUCCCAAUUAGAUGUAUUUGGUGAGAAUGUUAGAAGUAUUGUUACCAUUAGAACAUCAAAUUUUGAAAGAAUUUAUAUGAUUGCCGUCGGAGCAAUGAUGGUUGGAUCAACCGUGUUUACCGUUGAAGUUGGAUCAAAAUUAACUAAGGGUCAAGAAGUUGGAUAUUUCAAAUUUGGAGGAUCAACCAUUUUAUUAUUAAUUGAAAGUAGUAAAUUUAAAUUUGAUAGUGAUUUGAUUAAGAAUUCAAAUGCUGGAUUGGAGACUUUAUUACAAGUUGGUCAAAGUAUUGGUCAUUCUCCUGAUAUAAAUGAGUACACUCGUCAUCAUGUAUCAUUUGAUGAAUUGGAUAAAAAUAGGCAAUUGAAACUUAUUAGAGUGUUGACUGGUGGUGAUUUGAAAGAUAAACACCAAUUAAGUAAUUGGGAAGCAAAUAGUAUAGUCAUGGAAGAUUUCCAACCAUCUGAUUUAUUUGAAGAGGAUUCAAUAGAACGUAUCAUAGAAUAG